UCAGUGUUAAAUAGCUUUCCUGCCAGUGAGGGACGGUGCUUUCUUGGAAAAAAAGAUUCCAAAUUACGCAUCUUCUUCAGUAGUCUAUCCAAACACGUUGGAUUUGUCGUCUUCUAGUCUGUUUUGUCGACAGAUGGCAGCAUUUCUUUAUUUAUAAAAUGACGAGGACGGGGGUGUCUCAAAUCGCCUCGCCAUGGCAGAGACUUCUAAUCUUCUAUCAAUGGAUCUUAGACAAUGGAGACAAAAGGACAGAUCCAUGGCUGUUGGUGUACUCCCCUGUCCCCAUCACCUGUAUCUUCCUGUGCUACCUCAUCAUCGUGUGGCUUGGACCAAAGCUAAUGGCACACAAAGAGCCAGUCAACAUCAAAGCCAUACUCAUCAUUUACAACUUCACCAUGGUGUGCCUGUCUGCCUAUAUGUUCUAUGAGUUUACCGCGACCUCCUGGUUGGCCAAUUACAGUUUACUCUGUCAGCCAGUGGACUACAGCAACAGCCCAUUAGGGAUCAGGAUGGCCAGUGUGUGUUGGUGGUUCUACUUUUCAAAAGUCAUUGAGCUGAGCGAUACAGUGUUCUUCAUCUUAAGGAAGAAGAACAGUCAGUUGACAUUCCUACAUGUCUACCACCACUGCACCAUGAUCUUUAACUGGUGGGCAGGUGUCAAAUAUGUGGCUGGGGGCCAGUCAUUCCUGAUUGGACUCAUCAACUCUCUGGUCCACGUGGUGAUGUACAUGUACUAUGGACUAGCGGCCCUGGGCCCCCACAUGCAGAAGUACCUGUGGUGGAAACGCUACCUGACCUCCAUACAGCUGCUCCAGUUCCUCAUUGUUACUGUUCACACCACCUACAACCUGUUUGCCGACUGCGACUUCCCCAACUCCAUGAAUAUCGUUGUGGUAGCGUACGCCAUCAGCCUGAUUGGACUCUUCAGCAACUUCUACUAUCAAAGCUACAUUGCCAAGAAGACCAAGAGGCUGUGACGACCCGCGUGAAAGGACACAAGCCAAAGAUCUCCCCUACCCUGUGACAUGUCGCCGUACACUCGACACAGUUAAAGUGAAUAUGUGUAAACCUUGUGGAAAUAAAGGACAGAAAGUGACAACUUGAUACCUGUGAUCUCUGUGUUCACCUUUGGGGCAGGAGUG